AUGUCUCUCGCAACAGCUCCCCAACUCAAAGUUCUUGUCAACGGUGCUGGCAUUGCAGGAUCAAAUUUCGCCUAUUGGCUCGCCAGAACAGGUCUGAAUGCCUCCAUCACCGUUCUAGAACGCUCGCCAUUCCCUCGGCCCACCGGCCAGUCCAUCGAGAUCCGUGGUCCAGCCAUCUCCAUUGUCGAGAAGAUGGGCCUCUUGCCAAGCGUUCUUGCACGCAACACCACGGAGGAGGGCACACGCCUGAUCAACGCACAAAGCAAGAUUAUCGCCGAGUUCGGAAAAGGCGGCUUCACAUCCGAGUAUGAGAUCCUGCGAUCCGAUCUAUGUGGCCUAUUCCUGGAUGCGUCAAAGAGUAUGAAGAAUGUGAAAUACGUGUACGGCGACUAUGUCACAGCGGUACAACAAACAGACCAGUCGGUGGACGUGACCUUCGACAGUGGAGCAACAGACAAGUUCGACCUCAUUGUUGGCGCAGACGGCUCAGCGUCACGAACACGCUCCCUUAUCCUGGAUGAAGAGACGCUCAAGGGAAGUUACAACUUCAUCGGGCAAUACGUCGCGUACUUCAGCAUUCCCCGCCAGGAAUCCGACACGAAGCACUGGUAUUGGUACAACGCACCAAAAGGCCGAGGCUUGAUGACGCGACCGCAUCGCAACGGCAAGACGAUUGGGUGUUACGUCAUCAUCACAACGCCAGCACAUGGACACUACGAUCCCCUCGUCGAAGCAGCGAUGGAAGGCGGUCCCGAGAAGCAGAAAGAAAUCCUUCAUACGUAUCUCGACGAUGCGGGGUGGCAGGCUGAGCGCAUCCUCGCCGGCAUGGACGCAUGCGACGACUUCUAUAUGAGCCGCUCAGCAUACGUCAAGCUUCCUACAUGGACAAACAAUCGUGCUGUUCUUCUUGGCGAUGCAGCCCACGCCACAUUCGGUGUUGGCACUACCCUCGCUGUCGAGGGCGCAUACUUCCUCGCAGGCGAACUCGGCAAGAUAAAGUCCACCGACGAUAUCCCAGCGGCGCUCAAGCGCUACGAAGAGACGUACCGUAAGGUCCAAGGUCAAGGUGCGGACUUGCCGCCUGGCUUCCCUCAGUUCGCUUUCCCUCAGACUGCCUGGGCAAUCAGGCUACGCGACGCGCUCGCAUGGACGUUUUGCAAGACGAAAGCGUAUAAGUUGUUGCCGGAGGACAAGCCGGAUGAUUCGAAGCUGCCGCCGUACGAAUGGGUCGCUGUCCUAAGGAUGCCUCUGCUGUACGUGUCGACCCGCCUCACAGAGUGGCCCAUCUACCAGUCUUUAUAUCGCAACAUCUACCCAAUAUGCUUUCUCUUCGUCUUUCUUCUUCGCUACACCCGCGUUCUUAUUAGUCUAUACGGCACCUAUAGAUACCGGCCUACACCUAUACCGCUCAACCCCACGUACCACAUCAACGAUGUCACAGUCAUAAUACCCACCACAGACCUCAUGUCCGAAACACUGCAUCACGUUGUCCGCUCCAUACUCAACCAAAACGUACCCAAGCUCAUCAUCGCAACCGCCGGCACACAAGCCGCAGAACAGUUUCGCUCUUUCCGAGCUUCGUUCCCAGAGAGCAAGGUCGUGGUGGCCCAUCGCGUCAAGGCCUCACGCCGGGAACAAACAGCCCAAGCCCUCAAGCAAGUCGAAACGCGGCUCGUCAUUCUCCAAGACGAUCACACAUACUGGCCCCAAUCCGCGCGCUUCAUCGCUUCCGUGAUCGCACCUUUCGAAGACACCAAAGUUGGCGCUGUGAGCGCCGACCUGCAAGCUCGGCACCGCGGACACCCCUUCUCCUGGCCCGGAUUCUGGAACUUCAUGGGCAUGACCUACCUGAUGCGCCGUUCCUACGAGUACCGAGGCACCUACGGCAUCGACCGCGGCCUCUCAACGUUACCAGGCCGUUUCGGCGUCUUCCGCACGACUAUCUACGCAUCGCCCGAGUUUCUCAACGGAUACCUAAACUCCUACAUGCCUUUCAAGACCGAGCCCCUAAACUCCGAUGACGACAAAUUCCACACCCGCUGGCUGAUUGAACAUGACUGGAAAAUGGGUCUGCAGGCUGGUGCCGAUAGCGUCAUGACGACAGAACUGGGCGAGUGGCCCAAGUUCAUGAGUCAGGUACUUCGCUGGACUCGAACGACUUGGCGGAAUAACCCGGCGCAGUUGAUGGGUAGGCUGACGUGGGUGCGUCAUCCCUUCAUGAGCUGGAGUCUGCUCAUGUGGUUCUUCCGUCAAUCGCUCACACAGGAAUCGUGCAUGUAUAUGACGCUUCGUGGGACGCUGAAGCAGUACGGAAAGGCUGAUUACUUCCCCAUCAGCGCAUCUGCGCUCACCAUCUGGAUCUUGUCGUUCAAGUUUGUCAAGAUUCUGGAACACUUUCGCAAACAUCCUCGCGAUGUUGUGUAUUUCCCCGCGUAUCUUUUGUUUGGUCAUUUGCAUGCGUUUGUUAAGGUUUACGCGUUGUGCACUUGUAUGAAUGCUUCUUGGACUACGGCGGAGAAGGUGAAUGGUAAUCUGGGGAAGGGGAAGAUGGAGGACGUAAAGACAGAGGACGUGGUAGCGGAAGACAAACGCAAGGAACCGGCUUCGAAGCGGGUUGCUUUGGAUGUACCACCAGCUGUUCAAGAUCGGCCGAAGCGGCCGGCUAUGUUUGUGCGCAGGUCGCGGUAUUAUUCUCAAGCGCCUGGAGUGGGCGGAUGGUUGGGUUGA